GUGCGCUAUGAAGAUGGCAGUCUAAUUUGGCAGAAAUCGGGUGAGGGAGCCUACCAGUCGCCACCACUCCUUAGCACCACACUGGGUGCGCGGCCAAUCGCGGUGCGGUCGCCCGGCUCCGAGGACAUGAACUCGUUGCUGGCGUCCGCUUUGUCAG